UCUAAUAUUAUAUUCUAGGGUUAACUGUUAUAUUAGUCCCUGUCUUUGUCUCGCCGUCUGAGGUAGGUCCCUCCCCGGAAAAAAAUUUGUCUGAAGUCCUCUUGUUUGAAAAGUGGUUGGAGCAGGCCCUCGCCGGAGGGCGGAGCUCCGGCGAGUGCAUGUGUGGCUUGGUGACUAGGAUUAAUGAACCCACGUGGCAUUAAAAAAUAAAUAUUAAAUUACAACUCAGAAUUUUAAACCUAAUUAACCUAUUUCUAAUUAACCCUAACUUAAUUAACCAAAAACUAAUUUCCCCCCCAAACUUAACCCAAUUCACACCAAAUCAACCCUACCCCCAAAUCAACCCAAUCCCAAUCUGAAGUAGCAGGGUUCUUCCCCUACCAUCGUCUACCAUCGAAUUCUCCGUCAUCGUUCGUGUUCUCGCCGGUUCUCUUGCUCAGGCUCGCCGCUCAUUGUGCUUCUUCAAAGAUGGUUUUUACACUGGUUGUGCGACAUGGUGGUUGGUUUGGAAGUAGUCCUUACUGGCAUUACUUCGGUGGUGCCAAAAGUGAGUUCCAUGAUCUUGAUGAGUCUAAAUGGUCCUACUCUAAGACUGUGGAAAUUGUCAAAGGUCUUGGCUACAAAGAGUUUGAUUUACUAUGGCUUCCUGAUGAGGAUGUUGACUGGCAUGUUUUCAGGAAUUACACAACAGAUAUGGAUGCCAAGGAAUUUGCUAAAUAUGCAGUUGAAAAUGACCAUGAAGGUGUUAUAUUUGUGGACAAUCUAUCCAAAGACCCUCCCACUCUACCUACUGCAUUAAAGGAAAAGAAGAAAGAUGCCAACAAGAAUGUUAAGGUACAAAAACUAAGGGUGAGAAAGUCUGGUAGGUUGCAAGCAAUGGUGAGACAAGGAACAAAUAAGGGACCUCCUGAAGUUGUAGAGUUAUCUGAUGAUGAGCAAUUUCCUAAUGAAGUUGCAAUGCUACAAAAUGAAACUGUUCUCUCUGAACCUGUUCUCCUUGAAGCUGUGAUUCCUGAACCCGUUAUCCCUAAUGUUGUGGACCCUGAAGUUGCAGUUCCUGAAGUAGUAGAUGGGGUAGAUGGUGAUAAAGCUGUUGAGGAUAACCAGGAAGAAGAAAAUGAUGAUUCUGAUGUUUCUGAAGUUGAUAGGGUCGAUGAUAGUGAAGAAGAAAGGGAUUUAGCAAAAGGGGAGGAAGUUACAAACCCAGGAUUUGCUCAGGCUGAGUCCCUAUUGAAUGAGCACAUUACUCAAAUGCUUCAACAAACUGCAGCAGAUAAUGAUGAUGGGGAAAAGAGAGAUGAGACAGAUUUAUGUGGAGGCUAUGAGAGUGAGGACCUUGAAAGUGUCCCCACUGAUAGUGAGCAGGAAGGGAUUCCUAGGAGAAGGUUUGAAAGAUUCAAUGAGGAUGACAUGGGCCCAAAUUUCAAAUUCACAUUGGGUAUGGAGUUUAUAUCACUUACACAGUUCAAGGAAGCCCUCACUGACUACUGUAUGAAAAAUAACAGGGAAUAUAAAUUCAAGAAGAAUGACAGUAAGAGAUGCAGGGUUGUAUGCUUGAGUGAUGGCUGUCCAUUUGUGAUCUUAUGUAGCAAAGUUGGAAACAAACAGACUUAUAGAAUCAAAACUCUUAAGGGAGAGCACACAUGUGCAAGGGUUUUUGAUAAUAAGUCUGCCAAUGUUAGAUGGGUGAAGAAAAAUUUGUUGAACAAAAUCAGGACUGUAAACAAAAUUAGCACAAAUGAGAUUGUUGAUGAUUUCAGGGUAAAUCUGGGAAUUGGAAUUACCAGAUACAGAGCUUGGAAAGGUAAGAAGUUGGCAACUGAGGAGGUUGAUGGAGCUGCUGAAAUACAGUAUACUUUGCUUUGGAGAUUCAGCAAUGAGUUGAGAAGGAGGGAUGCAGGUAACACAUGCAAAAUCAACUUUGUGACACCAAGAGCUAGCUUGCAUCCUAGGUUCCUCAGAUUUUAUAUGUGCUUAGAAGGGUGUAAGAGAGGGUUUCUGGGGGGAUGUAGGCCAUUUAUUGGCUUGGAUGGAUGUCAUCUGAAAACAAAACAUGGAGGGAUCCUUUUGUCAGCUGUAGCUCGUGAUCCAAAUGAGGAAUACUUCCCCCUUGCCUUUGCUGUGGUUGAAUCAGAGAACAAGGACAGUUGGAGGUGGUUUAUGGAGCUGUUGAUGGAUGACAUUGACCCUACAAGGUCAAGUAGAUGGUGCUUUAUCUCAGACCAACAAAAGGGUUUGAUGGAAGUCUUCAAAGAAGAGUUGCUCCAAGGUUGUGAUCAUAGGCUGUGUGUGAGACACUUAUAUGCAAAUUUGAAGACAAAGUUUGGUGGUGGAGUUCUUUUAAGGAACCUGAUGAUGGCAGCCGCAAAAGCUACAUAUGAAGAAGAAUGGAGGGAGAAAAUGCAGCUCAUUAAGGAAAAGAAUCUGCUUGCCUUUGAAUGGUUGAUGGAGAAACCAACAUCUUCUUGGUGCAGGCAUGCAUUUAGCAUUUGGCCCAAGUGUGAUGUCAUCAUGAACAACCUCUCGGAGUCCUUCAAUGCUGCAAUUAUUUUGGCCAGAGACAAACCUAUUCUCACUAUGAUGGAGUGGAUUAGGACCUAUGUCAUGGGGAGGUUUCCAAAGAUGAUGGAGAAGCUUAACAACUGGACAGGUCAGAUUAUGCCAAAGCCACUUAAAAGAAUAGGAUUUGAGGUGGGAAAGAGCAAGAAUUGGAUUCCUAGGCAAAGGCAUGUUGUAAGCUUGAGGAACAGGAAAUGCAGCUGCAAAUUCUGGGAGAUCAAUGGCUUUCCUUGCAGGCAUGCAGUGUGUGGAAUUAACUUCAAGGGUUAUGAUCCAAAGAGCUAUGUUGAUGAUUGUUACAAAAGAGAUGCUUUCAGGGCUACUUAUGAACAUGAAAUCACUCCACUUCCUGGCCCUGACCAGUGGAUUGUGACACCAAAUGACCCUGAGUGCAUUCUGCCACCACUAUUUAAGAGAGGUGCAGGGAGGCCCAAAAAAUUGAGAAGGAGGGACCCAUAUGAUGACCCUAAUCCAAACAAGUUGAAGAGAGGAGGUGCUUUUGUGAGGUGUAGCAGGUGCAACCAGUAUGGACACAAUAAGAAAGGCUGCAAAAACCCAAUUGAAGAAGAGAUAGAGAUAGAUGCAGCAGAGCUUGAUGCCCAGAUGGAUGCAGUACUGGAGAAAUUGUUGGAGACUGAAUCACAACAGGCCACUGCAGCUCCAGCUCCAGGUGAUGAAACACACCAACCAACAACUGGUCAGAAUAAGAAAGAGAAAAAAGGUAAUAAGAGGUGCAGUGUGUGCAAGCAAUAUGGUCACUAUAAGACAAGUUGUAAGAAAUACCCAAAGAAAACCCCCAAUGAACCAAUUUCUCUACCUGGGAUUGUGAUAAGGGAACCAACUUCUGCUACUGUCCAAGUCCCUCACAAUAAUGGAAAACAGAAAGAAAAGGUACCUGAAAUUCCUAGAUCUUUUGAUGAUGGCUGCAUUAAAAGCAAAUAUAUAGCUGCACUAAUUCAUGACAAUGGAGGGGCGACUACUUCAUGUUCUAUGGUUGAAAAUCCUGAACCUGGCAGCUCAGAUCCAACAGGUUCUGUAGCAGAUGCAGGACAUCAAAUGGAAAUAAUAGAAGAAGAAGGUGGAGGAAAUGUUCCAACACAGUGCAGUGUUGUGAUGGACAACACCCUUGGAGGUUCAACUUGACUGUGAUUUGGAUGAGGGACAACUUUAAUGGAGUGGGAAUCUUUUUUUGUCAAAAGCAGCAGAUGCACCACAUGGCCACUAGGGUCAAAUUUUUUGUAAUAUUUAGGGAGUGGGGAUUUGUGGACCACAAAACUAUAGCCACUUGCUUUUGUUAGUUAUUAAAACAGGCUUUUAUGUUGUUUAUGUUGUUUUGUUUGCUGUGACUAUAUGGUCCAAACAACAAGUUCAUGUUUAAGUCCUCCUUAUGUAUUGAUGUUGCACUUCAAAUUCAAGGUUAAAGUCCUUCUCUUGUUUC